AUGUUCAGGGUCUCUGAGAUGACGAGGCGUUCAGGGUCUCGGAGAGUGAGGGACGAGGCGUUCAGGGUCCAUGGUGACGUAAACAGAUUGUUUAAUGCCGUUUGUUGUUGUUGUUUUCAGAGCGAUCGUCUCCUGAUCAAAGGAGCAAAGAUCGUGAACGAUGACCAGUCGUUCUGUGCUGACCUUUACAUGGAGGACGGAGUCAUCAAACAAAUUGGAGAAAACCUCAUCGUUCCCGGCGGCGUGAAAACCAUUGACGCUCACGGCGGCAUGUUGAUGCCGGGCGGCAUCGACGUGCACACGCGCUUCCAGAUGCCGGAUCGAGGAAUGACGUCAGCCGACGACUUCUACCAGGGAACCAAGGCGGCGCUGGCCGGAGGAAACACCAUGAUCAUUGACCACGUGGUCCCUGACCCCGGGGUCAGCCUCCUCUCAGCGUUCGAGCAGUGGCGAGAAUGGGCCGACAGUAAGUCGUGCUGCGACUACUCGCUGCACGUGGACGUCACUGAGUGG